CCAGAUGCUCUGGCGCAACUUCUUGACGCCUUCUAUUUAAAGGCACGGGGCUCGCCCGCCCCCCGGCCGCGAACCCGAGGCGCCCCGCCGGGCCGGGCCGCGGCGCAGUCGGAGGGAGAACACCCGGCGCGGAGGGGCGGCCCGGCUCCGGCCCCGCAGGCGCGAUGGCGAGCAGCGACAGCGACCACGCGGCGGAGAGCGCCCUCGGCUCCGACCCGGAGGGGGCGACCCGAGGGAUGGAGACCGAGGAGGAGGAAGACGAGGAGGACGACACGGCGGCGGAGUCGGAGGGGGAGCCGGACACCAGUUUAUCAGACCAGGAUGAAGAAGGCAAGAUCAAGCAGAAGUGUAUCAUAUCUGACCCCUCCUUUUCCAUGGUGACAGUUCAACGGGAUGAUAGUGGAAUAACCUGGGAGACCAAUUCAAGCAGGUCUUCUACUCCUUGGGCCUCAGAAGAAAGUCAGACUUCUGGUGUGUAUAGUCCGGAAGGGUCGACUAUGAAUUCUCCUCCAGGGAAUGUUUCCUUUAUUGUGGAUGAGGUUAAAAAAGUUCGAAAAAGAAGGCCUAAGUCAAAGCAUGGCUCACCAUCAUUGCAUCGAAAAGGCAACAAAAAAAGAAAUUCUUUUGAAUCCCAAGAUGUGCCAGCAAACAAAAAAGAUCCUUUAAUUUCAGAAACCCUGGUACUAAGUGCCCAGAAAGAGAAGUCAUCUACUGGCAUAUAUGAUAAAAUGAGAAAAAAGAAGACCACUUCAGAUAUACCUCCUAUUACUGGGGCGAUAUACAAAGAACACAAGCCAUUAGUGUUAAGGCCAGUCUACAUAGGAACAGUAGAAUAUAAAAUCAAGAUGUUUAAUUCAGUUAAAGAAGAAUUAAUUCCUCUACAAUUUUAUGGAACAUUACCAAAGGGUUAUGUAAUUAAAGAAAUACAUUAUAGGAAGGGGAAAGAGGCAUCCAUUAGUCUAGAGCCAGAUUUGGGCAUUCGUGAUUCUAAUAUAGUUUCCAAAACAGGCAAAUUAGUAGCCCAAAGCACAGAAGAUGAUAAAGGAAAAGAGCUUGCUUCACCCCGGAGAGGUGCACUCUCCAAACAAUCAAAGUCCCUGACCUCCUUAUUCAGGCAUGAGGAUCAACAGAAAAUUUACUUUGAUUCUCCCCUAAAGACCACGUCUGCCACCAAGCACACAAAUAAUGACACAUCAGAACGAAAAACAGAGCUCAGCCCAUCACAGUCCAUGCAACAACAGCCAGGCAAUGAAGCAAAACCCUGUGAAACUGAGCCUUCUUCUCUUCCAUCUGAUAUAUCUGCAGCUGUGUUGCUGGAAGCAGCCAAGGAAGAAUUUGAGCCUGAUUCACAAGAAAUUGUAACUUCAGAGUGUGACUCUUCAGUCUCACCAACUUUAAUGGAUGAGAUAAAGAAGGAGGAUGUGUAUUCUGCUGACCAUUCCAUUUCACUGCAGGCAGAGAAGGAAUCUCUGGAAACAUGUGCACCAGGUCUGGCAGCAUCUAUCCCAGAAGAUUUUGGCACACAGAGAGAAGAACUGGACCUGACUUCACUAGAAAGGGCAGAACCAGUCUCAGAACAACUGGCCCCUGCUCAUCUCAGUGUUAAAGGAGUGAAGGAAGAAAACCUACCUGAGCCGUCCAUUUCUCUUUCUGAACCUCUAGAGUUAGAGGAACCAGAAGAAGAAAAAACAGAAGUGUCUCUACCAGUAGCUGCUUCCCCCGAACCUGAAGAUUCCAAUUUAGUGGAAGAAGAGAUCAUAGAGCCUGAUUACCCAGGAAGUCCAUCAUUUUCAGAGAAGGCCUUCCCACCACGUUUGGCCCCCGAAGUGGACUGGAAAGAAGAGGAGACCACUCUCCCGUUACUGACAACAGCAACACCCGAACACGCUGCUUUGUCUGUGGAAGAAAGAGAGGAAAAUGAGUCUGUUUCCACUGAUUCUGUUUUUGUUUCAGAGUAUUCAGUCCCACAGGAUUUGAACCGUAAACUAGACAAGCAAGAAGUAGAGCCAGUUUCUCUAUUCAAUAGAAAAGCUAUAUCUGAACAUAAAGUUUUGUCAGAAGAGGAGAAUGAGGAAUUUGAACCUUAUUCCCCCAGUGUAACCUCUGUACCUGAACACUCUCUCUCACCGUCCACAAAUGAGAAGCCUUCUGAGUGCCAGUCCCCACCGCUUUCAGCUGCUGCAUCAGAACCCACCGUCCUGUCAGAAGAGGGCCUCAAAUUUGAGUGCAUCACACCAGAUUCAGCACUGACUUCCCAAUAUGCAGUUCCACCAAAUGUAACACAGGAAUCCCCAAAGAAAAUAAUUCAUGAUGUGUCCCCAUUACCAUCAAAAUAUGUUUCUGAGCACACAGUUCUGUCAGAAGAGGGGGAAGACACUGCAUUGUACCCCCCAGAUGUGGCCUCUGCAUCUGAUCACUCUCUCCCACCAUGUGCACCGGAGAAGCCUUCUGGGCACCAGUCCCCACUGGUUUCACCUGCUGCAUCAGAACCCACCGUCCUGUCAGAAGAGGGCCUUAAAUUUGAGUGCAUCACACCAGAUUCAGCACUGACUUCCCAAUAUGCAGUUCCACCAAAUGUAACACAGGAAUCCCCAAAGGAAAUAAUUGGUUAUGUGUCCCCAUUAAUGUCAAAAGAUGUUUCUGAGCCCACGGUUCUGUCAGAAGAGGGGGAAGAUGCUGCAUUGUACCCCCCAGAUGUGGCCUCUGCAUCUGAUCACUCUCUCCCACCAUGUGCACCGGAGAAGCCUUCUGAGCACCAGUUCCCACUGGUUUCACCUGCUGCAUCAGAACCCACCGUCCUGUCAGAAGAGGGCCUCAAAUUUGAGUGCAUCACACCAGAUUCAGCACUGACUUCCCAAUAUGCAGUUCCACCAAAUGUAACACAGGAAUCCCCAAAGGAAAUAAUUGGUUAUGUGUCCUCAUUACCAUCAAAAGAUGUUUCUGAGCACACGGUUCUGUCAGAAGAGGGGGAAGAUGCUGCAUUGUAUCCCCCAGAUGUGGCCUGUGCAUCUGAUCACUCUCUCCCACCAUGCGCACCAGAGAAGCUUUCUGGGCGUCAGUCCCCACUGCUUUCAGCUACCCCAUCUGAACAUGUGGUCCUAUUAGAGGAAGAGAUGGAGAGGUACACACCCUCUUCCACCUCUGUUUCUGAAUUUUCAGUACCACCAUGUGCAUCACCAGAAUCACAGGAGGAGGAAAUUGUCUACAGAUCCCCUUUAAAUCUAAAAGGUGCCUCCUCACCCAAGAAUUUCUCAGAAGAAGAGCAAGAAGACAUCGGACCUUUUUCUCCAGACUCUGCAUUUGUGUCAGAAUUCUCAUUUCCACCCUAUGCAAUUCAGGAAACAGAGAAAAGAGAAUUUGAGUGUGAGUCUCCAAUGUGCUUAACAUCACCAUCUGAACACACUAUUUUAUCAGAUGAAGACACCGAAGAAGCUGAACUUUUUUCUCCAGACUCAGCUUCACAAGUUUCGAUACCCCCAUAUAGAACCUCAGAAACAAACAAAAAUGAAAUUGAGCACAAUUCACUGUUCACUGCAGUAUCUGCUUCAGGAUAUUCCUGCUUUUCGGAAGCAGCUGAGGAACACAUUGCACCCACAGCUAUUAUGCCUGCACCAGAGUAUCCCAGUUCGUUACAGAAGCAACAGGCUGAACCUUCCCCUUCAGUGUCUGCACUUGAAGGCUUGAGUGUGCCAUCUUCAACGAAUAAAGCAGAGAUGGCAGAAAUUAAGCCAGAUGUUCAAACAAUCUCAGCAUCUGUAUCUGAAUAUCUCAUUUUGACACAGAAGCACUUAACUGAAACACUUGUAGAACUUGAGUCUGAAGACUCAAUUCUGCCACAUUUAACCAGUGAAUUGGAGAAAGGAGAAAUUAAGACUAGUCCAUCAGUUGCUGUAACGCCUAUUUCUUUACCUGCACAGUCAUCCACGGUAAAGGAAGAAACCAAACCUGUUUUGCCUGCCUCGCAGCAUUCCAUUUCACCUGAUUCAGUACAUGCAAUUAAUAAAGAACAAGAACCCAAUGCACCACUCACUCCAAAAGCUGCAAAUGAACAGAUGGCUUUGUUGAAAGUUAAAAGUAAGGAAGAAAUUGUGCCUGAUUCUCAAGAAGCUACAGCGCUUGUAUCACGGGAUCAAGAAAUGGAGCCUCAGUCCCCAAAUGUUCCAGGGUCUGGGAUGAAAUACUCAGUUCUGCCUGACUUGGUAGACGAGCAGAAGAAAGAUGUCAAACCCAGUUUAGCUUCAUCUGUGACAUCUGAACUGGAACAGAGGAUGCUGUCAGAAAAUGAGCCUAAACUGUUACAACCAUGUUCACCUCAAAAGGAAACAUCUUUAUCUGGGCCUGAGAUUUUUUCAGCAGUGAAAAUGGAAGUGGAACAUGAUUCUAAAAUAACUGGUACACCUAAAACACUGCAGUCAUCUUCACCAGGAGAGGAGAAAGAAGUUGAACCUGGACCAUCUGCACCAGAAUUUUCAGCUUUGUCAGAAGAAAUAAAGAAAGAAAUUGAAUCCAGCUCUUCAAUAACCACAACAUCUAUAACUAAGCAUGAUUCAAGCUUAAUCAAAUUAGCAAGAGAAGAAAUCCCAACAGAUUUACCUCCUCUUACCAUGCCUAUAGAACAUCCAAUCUUAACAAAAGUAGGAAAGAGUGAAUUAGGAAGCAGUUUGCCAACACUGGUAAUAGCUACAGAUGAACAUUCACUUUCUAAAGAAGAAGAAAAGGUAGCAAGUAAAGCUAGUUCUUCUCCCACUGAAGCUUCUGGAUCCAAAUGUCCAAUUUGGUCAGAAGCCAAGAAGGAAAUUAAAUUUGAUUCACUUCCAAGCGUAUCCUCUGUAUCAGAGAAUUCUAUUUUGUCAAAGGUAGAAACUGAAGAAAUUAAACCUGGGUUGUCAGUAAUCAAAACACUGUCUUCUCAGGAUUCAGAUGUAUCAAAGGCAACAAGAGUGGAAAACAGUCAAAGUCUUUCAUUUUCUACAGUCCUUGACUCUGAACAUUUGGUUUUAUCACAGAAAAAGAAUCAUGUGUCUGCCUUAGAGGGGUCAGGGCCUGAACAUGUGCCUUCUCUCAGCCUAGGUAGUGAGAUAAAGAAAAAAGAAACUGAACUUCCUUCCACACAAAAUGUGUCACCUGCACCCAGGCAUAGAGUUCCAAAAAGAGGCAAAAGUGAGGAAAUGGCAACUUCUCCUCCCAAGUUGGAAAAUUUAGUGUCAGAAAAUUUAGCUCCAACAUUACCAACCCUCAGUGAUGAUAAGAACAAACAGGCAAUGGAGACAUUUUCUCCAGCUCAGGGAAGUUUCCUGUCAGAAAAACAAGAUCUUGCUCUGGCAGAGCUUUCUUUGGAAACUGAGGAGAAAGACAAGCCACCCCAAGUGUCAGAAUUACCAAGUGCUGGGUCAGAAUUCACUGGUGGUUGUGGUAGGGCAAGUGGAUCCAUAGAUAAAAAACAGAUAAAACCUCCCAUAACUGAAAUAGCCGAUUCUGCCUUAGAGAAGGGCCUAGCUGAGCUUAGGAGCAGAGAAGAGGGAAAAGAAGAAAAUAGGGAACUCCGUGUGUCAGCUACAGUGCCUGAAAUUCCAGAGGUUCCAUCAUACCUUAGGGAGGAAACUCAGAAUCAAGAAAUUCAAUCUUUCUCUCCUGAGGCAGUCAACUUAGGGUCAAAAGAAGCAUUUACCUCUCUAGUUAAAGAAGACAGCCCAGAACUUCAGCCAAAUACUUUUUCUUUAAGAGGAUUAUCAGAGGAGUUGAAACAUUCAGAUGACUUUAAAAAAGGAGUGAAACAAGAAAUUAGCCCAUUACUGCCAACAGGAAACUUGAAGGCACAAGUGGCAGGAGAUAUUGUAACAAAACUAAAUGAAGAAACAGACCAACCAAAUUCAUUCCAUGUACCCCAGAGUAUAACAGAACCAUCGAAGACUGCUGCUUCUGACCCUGUGGAAAAAGAGGAGCCUGAAAGCACACUUCAUUCAGAUCAAGUUGUUAAAUUACCUGAUGUAAGCAGGUCUUUUGCAGAUAAACAAGAUCUGGGUAUUAAACAAUUUUUGUUUAUGAAAGAGAACUUGCCUUUGGAAGAUACACAGCCGUUUAUGACACCUGAGCCUACAGAUGUUAAAGAAACACAAAUGAAAGAGACCCUGCUUUCUCCAAAGAAUGAAAACUGGCUGCUGGAAAAGCCAGAAAGGGACUUGACAAGUCAUCCUGAAGGAAGAGUCCUGGGGUCUGUGCAGCUGGUUUCCUCUGCCAGCAGUGAUCUGACUACAGGGCAGCUCAAGGCUGCUGUAUCAGAUAAAGACCAUACAUGGGAAAUCGGAAAGCAGGUUCAGCCACAUUCUGCUGAAGAAUCUCCUUUAUCGUUCCAAGAAUCAGUAUCUACUCUCAAUACCUCUAAUGGUAACAUAGAGACCUUAUCAACUAAACCUUACUCUCCUGAAGAAAUAAAACUGUCCCCCAAACCAAAGUCUUUAGUUCCAGCUGGAAAUGUAGAGAGAAACGAAGCAGAGAGGAAGCAGACACUUUCUUUCAUAGAGAGUGAAAACUUGAUAUUGGAGAAAGCAAACACAGAAUUUUCCCUGCCUUGCAAAGAAGACCCUAAGGAGGAAAUAAAACUGCCUUCUAAAAGAAUCAUCCAGAAACCAGUGCCUGGCCCAUCGAUGGAACAUGUCAAGUCAGAAACGAUUCCCUCUCCUGCCAAAGUAGCCCAUGUCCUGGUAGGAGAUGCAGAACCAGAAUUGGGCAAUGAAAAGGAAAUGCACAGGAGUGUAUCUCCUUUAACUGGAGAGAAGCCAUUAGAAGAGCCACAAAUGGUUCAGUCAAAGGUUGUAGAUGAUGCUAGUGAGAGAGGGAAACCAGCACCUGAAGUGAAAAUACACACAUCAAUAAAACCCCUCUCCUCAACCCAAAAAAAUGAAGAACCUCAACCUCCAGAGUCACUUGAGGUGACAGAAAAGCUGCCCAAGCAGCCCAAGGCAGUUGAGCCAGGCCUUUCUGAGGGAAAGGGAAAGAAAGGAAUUUCAUCUUUCACGUCAUGGAUGUCCAGUUUGUUUUUUGGAUUGAGCUCUCCAGAUAACAAAGUUGCUGAAAAAGAAGAUUUAGAAACUCAGCCAAGUCCAUCUGUAGAAAAAUCAGCAACUGCGAUAGAGCCUAAAAGUACAGCUGCAGCUGACUUCAGUACAACUGGGAAACCAACUGAUCAUCUAUUACCAGAGGCAGAACUUAAGACUGUUCAAGAAUCCAGAGAUACUUUAGUUAAAUCUGGUGAAGAUCAAAACUUUAAAGAAAAACCUGCAUUUUUAUCAAAUGUAGAAGUUUUACAGCAGCCAAAAUCCAGCUUUGAGGUGCUUAGUAAAGAUUAUGGGAAGAAAGAAAUCCUAGACUAUUCAAAGGAAAUGGACCGACACACAGUAGUUACCUCUCCUGAUGGUGAGGAACAUCUUGGAAUUCAAUCUUCUACCAUGGGUGAGAAAUCUAGUAGGGAAGAAGUGAAAAAUGCUGUUCCUCUUCAUGUAACUGAUAGUAAUAGGGCCCAGAAGCCAGAAAUCGCUCCUCCAUCUAAAUGGAAUAUUUAUAUUUUUAAGGAAGAGCCAAGAAGCAGUCAAAAGGAAAAGUCACUCUUUUCAUUUGAUGCAGGAGAUCAGGUGCCACAAAAGCCAAAAUCAGCUUCAACGAGCUUCACAAGUAAAAAUAUCAUGAAGGAAUUAGAGAAGCCAGAGAUGAUAAUUUUGCCAGUAGAAGAAUCUGAAAGUUUAAUUGAUCUUGGUGAAGACAGACUGAAGAAAAAAAUGCCAGCACCUACUUCCUUGAAAAUUUCUGAAGAGAAAAUAAAACUCAGUUCUGUUAGUCCAACUGAGGAGAAAGAUAACUUAGAAACCAGAUCAUGUUCCUUUGCAGAAAAGAAGGUACUAGCAGAACAACAAGAAAUUAUGGCCCCGUUAGAGCAUAGCGAUAACAACAGAAUAGGGAAGGCAGAAAUCACACAUGGCUCUAUCUCUAUUAAACUGGAAGAAUCAAAAGCUGCUGCUGUUCUGCAUCAAGCCUAUCAAAGUGAAGACCACAAAGAAAGACACAAAAUUAUUGAGGAGGAGAAAGGAGAAGAAGAAAAGCAGUUACAUGCAUUUUCAGAAGGAGAGAAGCAGCAGGAAAUUCAGUCUUAUUCUGCAAAUGCAGCCAGGUUUCUGCCUGAAGAAUUAGAUAACUCUUUGGGUGAAACUCAACCAUUUUCAGUAGUUAAAACUACAUCAAUUAUAGAAAAAUCAGAAACCAUGAUUUCAGACGCUCACCCAGCAAUCAGGGAACCAAGGGCAGUAGGAACCGAACCACAUCCAUUAGAAAGUAAUGUUUUGGUGGAGAAAACCAAGAUUUUCCUUCCAGUGGAUCUUCCUUAUCACGAUGAAAUAGAUGACCACUCUUUACCGAAGGAAGGCAAUCUAGUAUUGGAAGAGUCAAGGAAGGGUAUGUUAAGACACAAUGAAGAAAAGGCACAGGUCACAGUGUUAGAAUCAUCAAAAGGUGGUUCAGUAGGUAUCACAAAAGAAAGUAUGAAACAAGGAUCUCCAUCUAAAGAAUCUAAAAGGAUUUUAGUCUGUCCUUUUGAUGAAACAAAGAGCUUAGAAACACUGCCAUAUUUGUUGUCAUCUGUGAAAGAACAAACGCUUAUUUCAGGAACUUCUUCUGAAAUUAGUACAGUGAAGAAACAAGAAAUGCCAUGGUCAGAAUUUACUGCAGACAGGCAUACAGUACAUGCUAUUCAAACAUCUGAAGAUCUAACAUCUGAAAUGUCUAAACAAUCUGUUCUUGUUUCAAAGCACCACUUGGAGGCUGUGAAAGAUGUCCAUGUAAAUGAACCACAAUCUUCAGCAAGCAGCAACUAUGCCCAAUUUAUAACUAAUGCAACAAUUAAUACUGAUGAAACAGUUUCUAUUAGAGACAUAUCUGAGGAGUCUGAAGACAUAUAUGUAAAAGAUGGAGCACUAAGAGUGACUAGUAAGCCAGCUGGACUUUCAGAAGAUCAAAAGAGUGCCUUUAGUAUCAUUUCUGAAGGCUGUGAGAUAUUGAAUAUUCAUGCUUCUGCAUUUAUUCCUUCAGUUGAUCAGGAAGAAAGUGAAAAAUUGCAAGAUAAGUUAGAAUAUUUCGAAGAGAAGACCUCAUUUAAACCUGUAUCUCUCCUUGACAACAGUGAGGCAGUUGCUUUCCAUAAAACAGGAAAGAGUAAGUUAGGAGAUUCUGAUAAAAAAAUUGCAUCAUUGAAAGAAAAUAAACAACAGGAAACUCAUAACACAGAAGAGGAGAUAUCCACAGAUUCAGAAACUGGUGAUUUAGCCUUUAAUCAGCUCACAAAUCCCAGUGAAGAGGAUUAUUUUGAAAAAUAUACAUUGAUUGAUUAUAACAUCUCUCCAGACCCAGAAAAACAGAAAGCUCCAUGGAAAUUAAGUGUUGAAACAGAACUCUCAAAGGAAGUUACAGAAGAUAUUAUCACUUUCCCAGAAAGUUCCGAGGAAAGUACCCUAGAACAUGAAUAUGACUUGGUGAAAUUAGAUGAGAGUUUUUAUGGAAUGGAAAAGGACUACAGCAAAUCAUCUCACUCAGAGACCCACAAGUCUUUGGGUAUCCAAAGGUCAGCUGACAGAGACUCUCCAAAGAGCAUAAAUAGAGAUGUGGACUUGAAGUUGCAUGGGAUGCCUUUAUUUGAUGCAGAGGAAAGUGUUUUGUCACGAACCCAGAUAUUUCCUACCACUGCUAAAGCCAUUAAUCCUGAACUUCUAGAGGAGCCACCUGCACUUGCAUUUUUAUACAAGGAUCUAUAUGAAGAAACAGUUGGAGAGAAAAAGAAGGAAGGGGAGACAGCUUCUGAAGGUGACAGUGUGAAUUCUGAGGCAUCAUUUCCAAGCAGAAAUUCUGAUCCUGAUGAUGGAACAGGAAUGUAUUUUGAGAAGUACAUACUCAAAGAUGACAUUCUCCAUGACUUAUCUGAAACUCAAAAGGACCAAGGCCAACGUCUAGAAGAAAAGCUAGUCAGCAAGGAUGACUCAUACCAACCACUAGCUGCAGCAGGGGAAGCUUGGGGGAGGUUUGGACCUAUUUUGGGGGAGAAGAGUGUCGAAGAGGAACAGAAAGCUGCUUACAGGGAAGGAGAGUCAGUAGACCAUGUGGAGACCCUUGACAAUGUAGCUGUGCAGAAGAAAGCUCCCAUCACUGAGGAAAUCACAGUGGUUACCCAGCAGAUAAGCUAUGCAGUUCCAUUUGAAGACACCCAUCAUGUCCUAGAGAGAGUAGAUGAAACAAGCAGUCAGAGUAAUGAAGCAGGAAAUGCAAGUCUAGAAGUCAAUCUGAAUGUCCCAGUACAAGUGUCCUUUCCAGAUGAAGAACUUGCAACUGGUACAGCUUGUGUUCAAGAAACACUGCAAGAAGAACCUAAAAUAAUGGUCCCUCCUGAGCCAAGAGAAGAUAGGCUGCGCAAUAGCCCUGUUCAGGAUGAGUAUGAAUUUGCUGAGUCCCUGAAUUACGAAGUGUUUGCUCAAGACACUCAAUCAGAGGAACUGUAUUCAGAAUCCACACCUGAAGAUGUGUUAUCUCAAGGAAAGGAGGAAUCUUUUGAACACAUCAGUGAAAACGAAUUUGUGAGUGAGGUGGAACAAAGUAUGUCUGCUGAACAGAGUGAGUCAGGCAGAGAAAGGACAGAACAAGACCAAUUAUCAUCAGAAUUAAUAACUGAGAAGGAACAAAAGGAACGGAAAAAGGCCCAGAUUGACACAUACUGCUACACUUGCAAAAGCCCGGUUUCUGUUGUUGACAAGAUGCUUGGCACCCAUGAAGACCAUGUUGUCUCAACACUUGAUACAGCUAUAAGUGCUGUAAAGGUUCAGUUGGCAGAAUUUCUAGAAAAUUUACAAGAAAAGUCCUUGAGGAUUGAAGCCUUUGUUAGUGAGAUAGAAUCCUUUUUUAAUACCAUUGAGGAAAACUGUAGUAAAAACAAGAAAAGGCUGGAAGAACAGAAUGAGGAAAUGAUAAAGAAGGUUUUAGCACAGUAUGAUGAGAAAGCCCAGAGCUUUGAGGAAGUGAAGAAAAAGAAGAUGGAGUUCCUGCAUGACCAGAUGGUCCACUUUCUGCAGAGCAUGGACACCGCCAAGGACACCCUGGAGACCAUCGUCAGGGAAGCAGAGGAGCUUGAUGAGACUGUGUUCCUGACUUCAUUUGAGGAAAUCAAUGAAAGGUUGCUUUCUGCAAUGGAGAGUACUGCUUCUUUAGAGAAAAUGCCUGCUGCAUUUUCACUUUUUGAACAUUAUGAUGACAGCUCAGCAAGAAGUGACCGGAUGUUAAAACAAGCGGCUGUUCCACAACCUCCAAGAUUAGAACCUCAGGAACCAAAUUCUGCCACCAGCACAACAAUUGCAGUUUACUGGAGCAUGAACAAGGAAGAUAUCAUUGACUCAUUCCAGGUUUACUGCAUGGAGGAGCCACAAGAUGACCAAGAAGUCAAUGAGCUGGUAGAAGAAUACAGACUGACAGUGAAAGAAAGCUACUGUAUUUUUGAAGAUUUGGAACCUGACCGAUGCUAUCAAAUAUGGGUAAUGGCUGUGAACUUCACCGGAUGUAGCCUGCCCAGUGAAAGGGCAGUUUUUAGAACAGCACCCUCCACACCUGUGAUCCGAGCUGAGGACUGUACUGUGUGUUGGAACACAGCCACCAUCCGAUGGCGGCCUGCCAACCCAGAGGGUCCUGAGACCUACACUCUGGAGUACUGCAGACAGCACUCUCCAGAGGGCGAGGGCCUCAGAUCUUUCUCUGGAAUUAAAAGACUCCAGCUGAAAGUUAACCUCCAACCCAAUGAUAAUUAUUUUUUCUAUGUGAGAGCCAUCAAUGCAUUUGGGGCAAGUGAGCAGAGUGAAGCUGCCCUCAUUUCCACCAAAGGAACCAGAUUUCUCUUGUUGAGAGAAACGGCUCAUCCUGCUCUGCAGAUUUCCUCAGAUGGAACAGUGAUUAGCUUCUCUGAGAAGAGACGGCUGACAGACAUCCCAUCAGUGCUGGGUGAGGAGCUGCCUGCCUGUGGGCAGCAUUACUGGGAGACCACGGUCACGGACUGCCCGGCUUAUCGCCUUGGCAUCUGCUCCAGCUCUGCCAUGCAGGCGGGGGCCGUGGGACAAGAGGAGGCUUCAUGGUACAUGCACUGCUCCGGGCCGCAGAGAUACACAUUUUUCUACAGUGGCAUUGUGAGCGAUGUUCAUGUGACUGAGCAUCCUGCCAGAGUGGGCAUUCUACUGGACUACAAUAACCAGAGGCUUCUGUUUAUUAAUGCUGAAAGUGGACAGUUGCUCUUCAUCAUUAGGCACAGGUUUAAUGAGGGUGUUCACCCUGCCUUUGCCCUGGAGAAACCUGGAAAAUGUACUUUGCACCUGGGAAUCAAGCCCCCAGAUUCCACAAGACACAAGUGAUCACUGGCCUACAGAGUUUGCUAGAGCAAUAAUUCAAAACCUGGGGGUUUGUUGUUCCUUUGCUAUACGUCAUUCAGAACGUCUCCCACACAUUCACACUAGUGAUAGCCACAUACACAGUGAUCAACACGUGAACAACACACCAUGAAAACCUUAGCAUUUUAGGGGAGCAUGAGAGCAAAGAGGAUGGAAAAACAACCUCCACCAUUUGCUUUGUAUAUUUAGUUGUUCCCUAUAUUAAAGCAUUUAUAAAGACUUGAGAACAAAAAUAGAGAAAAGGAUUUCCACCUGUUUCAUAGGUAAAAGAAAUUCUUGAUGGACAGGUCUGAGUGAAGGGAAGGUUGUGCUAGUAACACAUCUCCUCUGACAAGAAACACUGACUUUUCCACAAGAAAAAUGUCACCUCACUUCACUAACGGAUGAUGAAUCCUAAUCAUUAGAGAAAGUGUUUUAGCCAUUUUAAGUUGAUAAUGAACUGUUUUGUAAUAGUAUAUGCUGUAGAACACAAGUCUCUUUUCCCUGAAAUUUUAAAUGUAGACAAGUACUAGAUAUUAGAAAUUUCCAUUUUGUUAAAUAAAUGGUUAGAGUCUAUAGAACAAAACACAUUAUAUGAACUUCUUAUGUGUCUUACCCAUCUGGCAUAGUGGACUGAGACAAACUGCAGAGUAAAUGACUAUCACAUUUGAGUAGGUUGCACUACUACUAAUUUUCAUUUAAGAAUUUUACAUACAUGCCUUAAAAUCUAAACACUUUCAGCCCAUAGUUACAGUCAACUGCAGAAAGCUGGGAAUCUAUUUUUGCCAAAUGAAAUGGUCAUUUUCAGACAUUAUUGAAAUGUCUCAAAGCCUUCUAAAAUAUAUUGAUAAAUCUAGAAUGCAUGUUGAUAUGAUUGCCUCAUGUUUAAUAUAAAUAAUUUGAUCAUAUUUAUAGAUUUUUUUAACAUUAUGAAUUCAGUUUUUGUUUCUUGAUUGAGAAAUAAUAUCCUGCUCUGGGGAUAUAUUCAAAAAUCUAUUGUUUAAUAGCUAGAAAAUUCAAACUGGAUCUGUAACUACAUAAAUAGAUGCCCUGUAAAGCUAUGACCACUCUGCUUUAAAAUUACAGCAGCUUUUGGCAAGAUGGAUACUUAGUGAAAUAGGAGCUAUGAUUUACUCUUCUGUUAAGAACUCUCUCUUUUUUCAGACCUUAAAAGUGUUAUCAGGUUCUGACUGAUCAGCAACCCAUAGUCAUUAUUACUUUUUAUUUUUUGGUGGGAAAGUAGUGUAAUUAAAAACAGUAACAACAGUAGCAGUAACUAAUGAAUUUUAGAGUUUGUCUCAGUUUGGGUUCCUCCCCAACAGACCUCAAGAUACAGUGCUGGUUGUUUACACAAGAGGUAGUUGGGGAAGCACACGUGAGGAAGUGGGGAAAGUGAGACAAGAAGGGAAAGAGCCGAUAGAGGACAUACUAGAUGAGUGGGUUGUUAUUACUGUGAGCAAUGGGGUCUCACUUGUCCUGGGGGCACCCCCGGAAACCACAUGGAACAUGCCACAUGUUGGCAUUUCACCACGCCUGUCUAACCCCUGUUGGUUUAGGGUUGCCCCAGGGAGCAUUACUUUCCCACCCCCACAUUUCCAGGUUGUGUUCCUUGCAAAUUCCCAUGGUCUCAAGAAAGCCCUCAGACAAAAGGAAAUGAAAAACAAAGGUGCCUGACAUAGAGCUGUCAGCGUGCUGACAACUGUCUCAUGCGGCUGCACCCAGGGGGCUGGCUGGGAGCUGGGAGUACUGGGGCAGGGCACCAGCAGUGUCUGCCAUGGAGUGCAAGCAGCUCUGGUGCUAAGGAGAGAGCCAUGAAAAUGCAAAGAACUGGGUUUGAAUCUUGAUGCAGGUUUUAUUAGGUGAUGACUUGGGCAACUCAGAUUCUUUAGUUAUGCCUUUCUCAGGGUAACUAUAAACAUCAGAUUAAAUAAGCAUAUGAAAUGUCAUAGCAUUUUGUAGUUUAUAAAACACCCUGUCAAGGGACUCUAGAGAUCCUCUGAGGCCAGCCCUCCACCAGCCACAGUGAGUGGCCCUCCUGUCUCUGACUCCAUGGCAAGUGAACAAUGGAAGGUCGGUCUGGGGUCAGGAGAUCCACGUUUCAGCUACCUCUACCUGCUGAUGAUGGGAGAUUUCCUUGUUGGUUCCUAGGCGAUUAUUCCAGUGUAGACAAGUAGAGCAAAGUGAAAGCCAACUCUUUCCCCACAUCCACAAGCAGUUCUUUCCUCCUUGGCCCUGCUUCUCUGAGGCCAUUUUUCCUCCUUGUUCUUCCCCUUCAAUACAACACAGACCCUCAGAGAAAGGAAAGGAAGUCAGCAGAUUUUGGUCAAAAGGAUAUCUGUCAGCAAUGUUUAUUAGUUUAAUAACAUUAUGGAACAGCCAUUUUCUUCUUUUAAUCUUCAUCAGAACCUUGCACAGUAAAAAUCAUUGCCAUCUUACAGAUGAGGAAACCAGUCUCAGAGCAGUUAUAUAACUUGCUCAUACAGCCGGCAGGUGGCAGAGUGUGCAUUUAAAUAUAGCUUAAAUCCUGAGCUCAGAGAAUAAAAUAAUUACAUUUUGUUUCAAAUUGUAUCACAGAUUGUAUUUUCCACAUACAUGUGGUGUGUGAAAAUUACAUGUCUACACACACUCUCCCUCACUCCCACAUAGGUAUGUAUAACUGUGCAGACAUACAGUCAGAUGCACACCUUCUCUUUCCUUCUAAACUGACUUCCUUCCCAAACUUCUGUUUUGUUGUCGAUGGUGUCACAGGAUCACCUUUGGUUCUUUCUUCAAUACCAGUGACCUUAAUUAGGAUUCAGAAAAGUCUAUAACAUUCUGUCUGUGGAGAAAAGACUUUCAUACAUGGAACCAGAAGGCUUCUUCUAAGAGGCACAGGGCCAAAAUAAGGAGUUUGCAGGAAAAAGAGAAAGAAAUGAGGAUUGACACUGUGGUCCUUGUCUGUUUGCAUGCACACCUGGCAACUCAGGAGAGAUAUGUUCUUUGUCAAAGGCAGAAGUAUUUUUCUGGUGGAGCAAAUCAGAACGUGUCCCUGUUGUUCCUCUGGAGGUGCUUGCAGAACAUCCAACAGAUCAGAAAUAUCACACAGGACACUGACUUACAAAACUGUGUGCUUUAGGCAUUAACACAAACCUCUCCAGAGCGUCAGAAGCAUCCAGGUCAGCGGGGCCUGUUUCAGAACUCACUUCGCAUCCUUACUGUGUUAAUUUUCUGCUAAUCAUCUCAAGUAUUCAGUUGCUGAACAAGACUCAGUUUACACUCAUGAAAGAGCUUCGCGACAGGCAAACCAUGCAGUGAAGCCUGGCGCAGGAAGGCCUGGUGGCUGUGGAAGGAGCCCUGUGUCUGGAGGUCAGGCUCCUUGGCCCUCCCACUGCUGGGCGGCACAGUGGGCACACUGUCUGCAGGCUCACACCUCCACGUGGUACCAGGAAGCCCAAGUUGUUCCUGCUGCCGGUGGCGGGCAGGGCCCUCCUACAUGCGUGUGUCGCAUAGGCACUUCCUCGCUCUGCGACUGGCCUUAACCUUUGCAACUCACCGCCCGGCUCCCAACAGGCUCCACACAAACCAGUGCAAAUCCUAAACCUGCUGGCUCUUACUAAGGAAUACUGAGAGACUGAUAAAACGAUGGAUCCGUGGCUACAGAAUGUACUUAUUUUUGGUUAAUAGAUUCCAUGGCGUUAACCAAGAAUCAGUAGCUUGUGGAUACACAUGUGGUCAAUUGAGGCUAGCAGAAAUGAACCCAUGCUAGGCACUUCCUGCCCUGCAUUCCUGAGCUCAGCAGCUGCGGAAUGUUUCAGGAAUAAUGUUAGAGCUGAGUGCCUCUGCCCCUGAGAGCCAUUCCCCCAGUCCCUGGUCUGAUGACUGUUAGGGGUGAUCCCGGGCACAUCCUGAGGUGAAUGAGGAGGGAAACACAUGUCCUGAGCUCUUUUCAGAGUAGAUCACACCUCUCAUUUUCCUUUACUACUCUCAAAGUGUAUGCGGUUGUGUCUGUAGUUUGGUCAUAAGUGAAUUUCCCUUCUGUGCUGAGCUUGUUUUUCCAACUGAUAUCAGACAUUUCAGAUCCCCAGUAGUAUAUGAACUGUAAGAAUAACUGAGAAAGAUAGAGGAUUCAUAAUAACUUGGAGUAAAGAUAACUUACUGAAGGAUAUAAUGGGUCUUCAGGGAUUUGAGGAACUAUUUUGUGGAAGGAAUUAAGCUUAUUUUGACUUUUAACCUAGGACCAGUGGGCAGAAGUCCCAGGGUUGAGGAAUUCAGUUUAAGGAAGAAUAAACACCCCAUCAGUGACAGCUGGCUAAUGGACAUGCUGCUCAGCAGGUAAUGAGUACUCAGAGUCAGGUUGAAUGGUCAACUGUCUGAAAUAUUAAAGAGUAUAUUCUUGCUUUGGA